CCCGCGAUGCGCGCUGCGCAAGGCUGCUUGUUGUUCCCGCAGAGAGGCGAGAAGAUGGCGGCCGUGUCAAGCGGAGGUGCUGCUGGGUCCGCUGCGGCCGGGAUUACCCACUCUGCCCGACCGACCCACGCCGGCAUGGGCUCCCAGAACCGAGCCCAGCCAUCCUCCGGGAUUAGCCACUCCAGUCGUACCAGCACGGCCACUGGGUGCAUCACCAAUCCUGGUCACACUUCGGCCACCAGGCCCCCCCCAGCUCGAGUGGGCCACUACGAAAUCGAGCGGACCAUCGGCAAGGGAAAUUUCGCGGUUGUUAAACUAGCCACACACAUCAUUACCAAAGCAAAGGUGGCUAUAAAAAUAGUCGAUAAGACCCAGCUGGACGAUGAGAACCUGAAAAAGAUCUUCAGAGAGGUGCAAAUCAUGAAGUUGCUGAAGCACCCCCACAUCAUCCGCCUCUACCAGGUGAUGGAAACGGAGAGGAUGAUCUAUUUGGUAACAGAGUACGCUAGCGGUGGAGAGAUAUUCGAUCACCUGGUGGCUCAUGGGCGUAUGGCGGAAAAGGACGCCAGGAGGAAGUUCAAGCAGAUUGUCGCAGCAGUCCAUUUCUGUCACUGCCGCAACAUUGUCCACAGAGACCUGAAGGCUGAGAAUCUGCUGCUGGACCACAACCUCAACAUCAAAAUCGCAGAUUUUGGUUUCAGUAACCUGUUUUCUCGAGGCCAGCUGUUGAAGACGUGGUGUGGCAGCCCUCCCUAUGCUGCACCAGAACUCUUUGAGGGCAAGGAGUAUGACGGACCUAAAGUAGAUAUAUGGAGCUUGGGUGUGGUGUUAUAUGUGUUGGUGUGUGGCGCCCUGCCUUUUGACGGCAGCACUCUACAAAAUUUGCGGGCACGUGUCCUCAGUGGCAAGUUCCGCAUCCCCUUCUUCAUGUCCACAGACUGUGAGUACUUGAUCAGACACAUGUUAGUGCUGGAGCCCAGUAGAAGGUUGACCAUGGAGCAGAUCUGUAAGAACAAGUGGAUGAGACUAGGAGACCCGGACCCAGACUUCGACAGGUUGAUAGCGGAGUGUGAGCAGGUGAAGACGGAGAGAGAAACAGAACUCAUCAAUGAACAGGUGCUGAUAGCCAUGUCUGAGAUGGGCCUGGACAGAGAGCGCACACUUCAGUCUCUACAAACAGAUGCAUACGAUCACUACAGUGCCAUCUACAGUCUGCUGGCUGACCGCCUCAAGAAACACAAGACCCUGCGUGUUGCCCUGCCCACACCGCGCCCCAUUAGCUAUCCUCUUAACACUGUACAGCAGACGGAUCCGCAGGGUAAUCCCGUUAGCAUGACUGUUCCACAUGUCCAACUCAUCAACCCAGAGAACCAGAUUGUCGAGCCGGAUGGCAGCAUGGCACUGGACAGUGAUGAAGGGGAGGAACCAUCUCCUGAGGCCAUGGCUCGCUACCUUUCGAUGAGGCGGCACACUGUGGGGGUACCAGACCAAAGGACAGAGAUGCAGGAGGACCUCCAGAAACUGCCACCGGGUUUCCCUCGUGGUGCAGUGCCCCAGCCCCCCUUCCCCCCACUGGCCCCCACUAUGGGCCAAAUGCACACUCUCAUGCCCACACAGAGCUUGCAGCCCACACAGCAGCUGGAGUACAAGGAGCAGUCGUUGCUGCAGCCACCUACCCUGCAGCUGCUCAAUGGCAUGGGGCCUCUUGGUCGAAGAGCUUCCGACGGUGGGGCCAACAUUCAACUACACGCUCAGCUCCUCAAGAGGCCCCGGGGGCCCUCACCACUUGUCGCUAGCCCGCACCCUAUCCCUGCGGUAGCUCCGGUGGAUGAGGAAGGUUCAGACGGAGAGCCAGACCAAGAGGCAGUACAGAGGUACCUGGCGAACCGCUCCAAGCGGCACACGACGCACGCGCUCACGAGCACAUCGCAUGGCGAGCCCUCUGCAGAGUCACAGCGGCCCCAGGGCCCCCGCCAGAGGGGGGGCUGGGCCCCCGACACACACACCCGAUCCAGCUAUAAGGACUGUAACACCCUUCAUCUCCCCAUGGAGCGCUUCUCACCUGUUAGACGGUUCUCUGAUGGCGCCGCCACCAUUCAGGCCUUCAAGGCUCAUCUAGAGAACAGCAGCCUCAUUAAGCAACUCAAACAGGAGUGUGAGCAGCUCCAGAAAAUGUACGCUGCCCAGCAGGAUGAGCGAUUCCUGGAGCACACCCAGCAACAGCAUAUCCUCUACCAGCAAGAGCAACAAAUCCUCCACCAGCAAAUCCAGAGCCUGUCUUUAGGCCAUGGAGAGAGCCAGCCCAGUCACCUAACCCACCAGCUCCAGAGGUUGCAUAUCCAGCCCUCCAGCCCUCCGCCAACACAUCCCAGCAACCACCUCUUCAGACAGCCCAACCAGAGCCCUCCUCCUGGCUCUGCAGCCAUAAUGCAAGGGCAUGGAGGUCCGUCACCAGUGCAGUACCAGCACGGAACUGCAGCGUUGUAUCAGGGCCAGAGUGGCAGCCCACCUCCCACAGGCCUGCCUCGAGUCUCUCUAUCAACCAAUCAACAAGCAGCAUCUGCUCGCCCCACCGUCCCACUGGCACAGGGUGUACCUCAACAGCAGCAGGUGACCAUUCAGGUUCAGGAAGUGGAGCUGGGAGGUGCGGCACAGAGACAGGGCAGCUUUUUGUCCACGCCAGGGGGACACAGAGUCCUCGGAAAGCAGCUGAGCGCGGACAACGCCGAGUCGCACAGUCGCAGCCUUGGCCGCUUCACAUCAGGUUAUGACCAGGCUCAGUUCAAUCCCCACCUCUUCUCUGGCGAUGCGGCCUCCCGGGGAGCCUCUGGAGUGGUCGGCUCCUACAGCCCCUACCUGCAGGGAGCCUCCCUCAAAGUCCCCGGCCUGGAUGGUUACCAGAGUGGGGUGGUGGGGACCAGCAGCUACGGCAACCCCUCUACACUACAGCAGGCCCUACUCUCCCCGACUCCUUUGGACUACCGUCCCCCACAACAGCACGUCACUCCCACCCUGCAGGGCCUCCUGUCUCCCCGCCACUCUUUAACAGGCCACAACGAUCCCAGGCUGCCCCCCCCAGACCUGGCUGCCCUGCUGAAGAGGCAGAGCCCCCGGCCAUGCCCAGCGCCCCCCACACCACCAAGUGCACCCCAAGAGUAUGGAGAGAUGCUGCUUCUCCGCCAGCUGAGCCAGGGUGACAGCUUGGAGCCACCGGCAUCGCAGGGUGCUUCCGGAGGCCAACACUACCACCACCUCCUCCAGAUUCGACCCCCGGAGGUCCAGCCACAGCAGCACCCGGCCCAGGCGCCUUGCCCCAGCUUACCGCACUCUGAGAGCAUGGAGGAGGAUGAGGUGCCGACUGGCUACCACCACCCACACGAGGGCCUGCUGGUCAAGGCAGGAGAAGGUCAUGAGCUACUGGGGCCUCCCCGAGGAGGCACCCCGCCCUACAGCUCCCCUACACACAGGCAUGGUGGCUACAUAAGGAAUGCUCCAGCAACUAGAGAAUCUGAACAUGUGGAGUGCAGGCCCCCAGGACAGGCCAUGGAGGUGCCUGAUCAUAAUGGUGUGGGCUAUUCGCGAGGUCCCCAGGGUGACGCCUAUAGGUCCCGUGGACAGCUACAGCGCCACCACACCAUCCAGACCUGUGACGAUGCCUACGAUCAGGCAGACCCCAUGUCUGGUGGCAUGAGCCUGUUGGCCGGGAAGGCACUAAGCUCCGCUCGCAUGUCGGACAUUCUCAGUCAGACGUCAUUGACAGGAAGCCAGCAGCUGUACCAGCGGGAAGAGUCGGUGUGUGAUGUCGAAGGGGAGCUUCAUGCUGCAGCCUGCUACCCCUCCUCCUGCACCAGUGACAUGCUCCUCAGCUACAAGCCCCCUGACCUGCAGUACAGCAUGGAGCAGGCUGGGGUCUAGCACAGGAGGGGGUGUAUCCUGUGUACACCGGUCCAUAUCAGCCAUCCUGAGUUGUGUUGACUUGAGUUGAGCAGCAUCACGCCAAACCACCAUUGUCUGCCCAUGCGGGGGAGCUCUACUUCCAUCUGUCUGUCUCCAUCUGUCCCUGGGAGGGCAGUCUGCGUGAGAGAGUGGGAGUGUGGGUGGGUGUAGACAUUAGAGGGGUGGGGGUCACAGGUCAAAGUGCCAGCAUUUUCUGCACAGACUUCACCUCCCAUCAUGGGUAGAUUGGGGAUCCACUCUUCCCUCUUUUGACUCCACCUCCUCACCCUACAACCCCCCCACCUGCUGCCCUGACCUAAUCCUCCCCUUUCACCCUUCGUCUUCUAUUAACUGUUGGCAUACUUCAUUAUGUGCCUCAUUGGCCAACGCAUCGAUACAGUCUUGCAGGAACAUAGAGUCUAAUAACACAAAUAAACAUACACACUGCUGCCACAAACCCAAAGUAUUCACAUUAGGUGUGUGUGUGUAUGUGUGUGUUCAUGACUGAGAAGGAGAGGUGAGCGGAGGGGAAAGGUGUCUAUGAGGUUCAGUCUGCUCCUCCGCCUCUUCCCCCCUCCUGCUGUCCUGCAGCAGAUCAUUCCGGAGUGGGCUGAAAUCUCAGCAGUGGCGGCCCCUUUUCGGCCGGGUGGCGAGUGUUUUGGGUCAGGCUCCAACUGGACAACAAAACCGCUCUCUCCAAAGAUAGAGCUCAGUGACAUCGCACAGGACAAACCAGCUCUCUCAUUGUCUUUGUUUUUUUUUGUUUUUUUCUUGUUCUAGCAUUCAUUUAAUUUUUUAAUUUUCUUUAAAAAUUCAUUUUUAUGGCUAAUGUCCAUGUAGGCAUUAUGGUCAAUAUUGUUACUCUUAUUGUUAUUACUGUUUUCUGUAAAAGAGGUUUUAUUAUAAUGAAUAUUAUUAUUAUUAUUAUUAUUAUUAUUAAAGGAAAAACAGUUGUGUUGCAAGGAAGACAACAUUGUUCUUUGAUUACUUAAGUAAUUCUGCACUUUCGGUUCAAGCUAUCCUCUCUGUCUGUUUCUACCCCUCCUCGCAGUUCCUUGCUCUGUCAUGCUUUUCAGAUCCACCCUCCCCACCUCCUCCAGCCCUAACUUGCCUCACCUUGUGUUACCCCUUUUCUCCAUCCUCCUUCCUGCUUUCCCUUGUCAGUGACAGUGUAUUACAUUGUGGGUAGUUUUACCAGACAUUAGCUCCUUUCCUUGUACAGUGAUGCCAUGUAUAGAACGCUAUUGCAAUUUCUGUAUCAGAUCUUUUCUUUUUUGUUUCUAGAUGUUGGGGAGGCUUUUUUUUUAUAUCGGUAUUGUUCAUCAUUUGUAUUUUUGGAUAUCUUCAAAAUAUUUUUUUUGUUUGUUUGUUUGUUUUUUGUUUUAUGAAUCUUGAGAUUUCUAGCCAAAAGAGGACAGAGAGAAGAGAGACAGUGCUCUUUCUCUGUCGUUAAAAAAAGAUUGUUCUUAUUUGUUUUAAUAUUAUUAUAUCGAGAGACUUGAAUAAGAGGAGAGUAAUUAUUUUGUGUUGCUUUUUAAAGUAUCAUUUCAAUCGAUGUUGUUGUGACUGUCAUUCUUGUUGAUGUUGGGUUUGUUUUCUGUUAAUGGGGUAGUUGUGGCAGGCUAUACAGGGUCAGGCUUUGGGCUUUGUCUGGGUUGGUUCGGGUGCUACAGAGACUUGACACUCUUUAAAAAAAAAAAAAAAAAUAAGACAAAAAAAUGAGGGAAUAACUUGUAAAAUAGCUGACAUAUCAUCCUAAACAUCACAAGUGUGGAGACGGACAAAUCCCUUCGCUUUCUCGCUCUUGCUGCCCUACCUAUCUGCUGUGAUCCUUCCAUCUUUUAUAACAUUGGCUUCUGAACAGAUGACGCCUUACGGACAUCGCCCCCUCCUCUCAAACUAACCCUGUUACUAUGGCAACCAAGGAGGAAACUACUACUACUCGACCCCCUCUCCCCUCUUUCGGCUUUUCUUUAACGCAUCUCGUUUCAACGUGAUUUUUGCCGCCCCCAAAAAAAAAAAAAAAAAAACGCCUGGAAGGGAAGAUCAACAACAUGAUGGCUGCGUUUUAUGAACAGUUAAUGGAUCUUGUUGCAGUUGGAUACACCUGGAAAUACCUCCAAAUCAUAAAAGGGAAACUUUUCAGGAGGUGACCAUAGGAAUUAAUUGUUUGAGCUGGACUUCCACAGCAGAGGAAUACAAGGUUGUGGUCAGAGUGGGGCAGGGUGUGCCCGUCUUAAACAUGUCUGCCCAGGUCUGUGCCCUAAGCUGAGCCCAGCUCAAGCACAGCCCGAUGGAGGCUACAGCACACUGGGGACCACAGCAGAAGAUUGAAUCCCCCCCUUUUUCUCCCCUUUUUUUUUUUUUUUAAUUUCAUUUUAUUGUUUGACCUCUAUUUAUCCUCCCAUAUACAAUACCCUUGGAUAUUGAGUCUAUAUUGGGCCAGCAAGAGACUGUGGUGCAAAGAAUAAACUCCACUUAUGUGUUUAUACUGGCCAGAUUCACAAUAGCUGGCUGCUUGGUUGACUUUUUGUAUGCUAUAUACAUCUGAGAGCUGUAGAUGGUGUCAUGCAGCCCCUGUGCUUUCCAUUUGCUCCCAUGGAACUUCCUGUUUACCAACAUUCACUCUUCUUCAGAGCAGAUGGGAUUAGCUUUAGCGGUAGAUCCGCAUCUCUAAAACAAGAGUGCAUACAGGAGUAAACAGCGAAGUGGGAUGGAUUCAUGAAAUUAGUAUUAUGUGAUUUCUGUUUCGUCCCAAACUGAGUCAAUGUCUCAUGGGGCACAAGAAGCUUUGUUUUCGUUCCAUCUCUGGAUUCCCUCCAGCUCUCAUUCAUUCCUCUUUCAAAUCUGUCCUCCUCUUUUCUCUCCUUGUUUACACCAAACCAAAACUAAGAUCUGGAAGAGAAAGAAUACUUGUCGGGUGGAAUGGAAGACAUUGCAUGUCUGUUGUCCCAUGGCAGGAAAGAAACUCUAAAAUUAAGACCAGAGGCUCCACCUUGUCUAAUAUCGUGACAAGUACCAGAACUGUUGUUUCAGAUCUGGAAAGCAGAGGCACACAGGAAAAGACAGUUUGAGUGAAUGAAAAGCACUGAAGAUGAUUCAGAGGUAACGGGAAGGAGAGAGCUGCUUCACACGCAUCUUCUGCCUGAUCAGACUGACCCUUCUCCCCCUUUCUUUCUGUCUUAACUCUUCCUUUUCUCCCCUUUUUGUGUUUUCUCUCUAUCCCAGCCUCCCUGCUCAGCGAGCCAGCUCUCUGCUCUACUUAUGUUUCUUAGGUUCAUUUUGUUUUUUAUUGGUUCAUUUUGUCUUUUUUUUUUUGUUGUUUUUAUGUUCAUUUCUGUUGAGUACAAAAAUACUAAAGUGCAACAACAAUGAUUAAAAAGAAUAUCAACCAAACUGAGAUGAAUAAAUAUAUAUAAAUAAAUAAAUAAUUUAAAAAGGU